AUUUGCUUUUGACUUCAAUCCCGCACUUCAACCUCGCUCCCUCGUAGUACUUGGUUGUAUCUGCAAGGAAGCGAAUGACAGGCUCAUAAGGGGUGUUCUAGAAGUGUUGAUCAUGGUAGGUAUUUGUGUUGUUCUUGUUUACGUUAAAUGGCCUGGCUUAAUCUUUGUAAAUACUAGUAUAGAGAAAACGAAAGUUCACAAGGUUGUGUUUUCCCUGCUUGAUUUGUUUUUAUACCAGUUUUUAUGACACACUUAAAGUGUGAAUGGAUUAUCUUUUUAGGCACUGAGUACAUACAGUGAUCUCGUGUUAAUAGAAGCUUCGUUAAUGUGCCUCUCAAGACUUCAAGUCAUACUCAGCAAGGUGAGUGAAGUACCUAUCGAUUUGUACUGGCAUUAUACAGUCAGGUCUAUGGUGGAGAAAACAUGACUAAAAAUUACAAGAAAGGGAGAAUUUUGAAGUAUUUCUAACUAUGUCAGUGCGACUGGUACUCUCACCUCUCUUGCCAUAUAAUUUCCUAACUUUUGAUUUAGCGUUUUUCUUCCAGACUCAAAAGUUAGCGCUGUCUCGUGUAAUCGUUAUUAAUGUUAGUUCUGAACUCGUCUUAGGGUAGAUGGACCUUUAACUGAGAGGAAAUGGGCUCUCUGUCUCACUGUGUUUUUCAACACUGUUUACCAUUAGUCCUCACAUCAAACUAUAAUUAUUGUCAAGUGUAUCCACCGUUUUCUCUUUCUAGGAUUCCAAGUAUCAUAAAGCAUUUUUCUGGAUUGCAGUGGCAGUGCUUCAGGUAAAGACAAAUAGAAACUGUUUUGAUGAAUGCAUCUUGUAGUUAAAUAGUUAUUGACCAAAAUGGAGUUUGAUGGCAGCUUAUUUUGAGCAUUAAAUCAGAGCGUUUGGAAUGUACUAAAGACCUUUUGUCGUUUCAGCUGUCGGAAGUAUCACUGUAUCCUUGUGGCCUUGCUCUUCUGGAGCAAACUCUCAUAACGCUUGAAACACAUGGCGCCUUUGAAUCACAGGUUUGUUGAAAAUUUUAGUCACUUUUGUACUGGGUUAUGUAUUUUUCAAUUGACCAUUGUUACAUAGACCAUAAUGCACCAUGUCUUCUCCUAAAAUUUUACAUAACCAUUGUUUCUAAUUUCUCGUGGGUAUUACAAUCGUCCCAAGAGUAGACAAUGUUUAUGCCAAUUUUUUCGGUGUAAACAAGGUGAAUUAUGGUGCAUGAAUUAUUUGCUUUAGGGUUCGCUGGCUAUUAUAGUUUCGCCUGUCUGUUUGAUGUUAUAUUUCAUUAGCACGUACUUACUGUAAAACAUUUUUUAAUGCCAGUUUAGCAGUGGUUUAAAAAAAAUUCUGUCUUAAAAGACGGAAAAAGGAACAGACUUGGCAGCGGUGGGAUUCGAACCCACGUCAUCGAAAUGACUGGUGCCUAAAACCAGCGCCUUAGACCACUCGACCACGCUACCUAUCGCGCCCAACUCUUUCUUGAUUAACGAACUCAUUGAGUUGGGAAUGCGCUUUGGAAAAGCAAUUCUUUUUAUUUAUUUAUUUUUUCUCGUUGAGGAAUUAUUGGAAAGUUUCUCUGUAUUUUAUGCGAUGAAAUGUUUUAAUGUCAUUCCUCUGAAAGAGAACCUGUGGUUAGAUUUUUGUCAAACUUCACCGUUUGGUUGUUUAAGUUGUAGUAACGUAAUUUUUAAAAUGAAGUCGUUGGGCCCCCAUACUCGUUUGGGAGAAGCAGAAACUUGUAGAUACGCAAUAAUUCCUACAAAAUACCAAUACGAUUAUAUUUACGAGUACAUGCUUUGAACACGUUUCCGGCGAUAGUUUUUGUUCUGUUGUUUUUGUCCGUUCUGGGAGUUAUUCUAUCUUCAUUCUAGUGAAAGAAAGUUACUUGAGGAUUUGCCACCUCUCUGGGGAGCUCCAGCCUUAUAGCAAAGGCAGCCAUGUUUUAAAGCGCCACGCUAAUAACACGUGUAAUGUGCGCAAUAGGGAUGCACAAUGCAAUAAAAAGGAAUGACCUUAAAAUGUUUUAAUUUUUUGUAGCCGGUGGAUAAAGUGCUUAUGGCUGUGAGGAAGGAACCCUUAUUGGAGUUUCACUGUAAGCAAAUGGAUCAUUUCGUUGGUCUUAACUUUUCAAACAACUUCCACUUUGCAUUGAUGGUGCAUCUUGUUAAAGGUAACAAUAACCUACCUCCUGCCGGGGACAAUUCUUUAUUAAUUAAAAAUUAUUGAAUGAGGCUGAGUAUGAUGUGAAGAACUAUCGCGGACUGAGUUGGAUAACUGCCUCCAAGAUCUGCUUAAUUCUUCACAUUAUACGAAGGGCGCGAAAAUUUUUUUUUUUCAUUCAAAAGAGUUCUUAAAAAGCUUUCUUUUGAACUUUAGCCUAUUUCUCGGCACGAUUUCAGGAUAUAAACAGAUGUUUUUCUUGCAGUUACUCCUCGAAAAGUAGAUAGCAUCCAUCGAGUGAGAUAUUUUGGGUAUUCUUGCAUUUCUUCCGUACAGUUUUAGUCCCAAAUUCAGCUAUUUCGUCUUCGGAUAGCCGUGAACACUAGUUCUUAGUUUACACGUUGAUAGACAGCUAGGCGGCCACGCCUGGCAAAGGAAGUUGAUCGAUGGUCUAUUUUGCUUAUACAGCCUCGUUUCCAGGCCAAUAUACCAUCGAUCAAACCUCGUUUCCAAACCAGCGUACCUUCGAAUCGAUGUUAUACUGCUUUGAGCCAGUCAGAAACGGCGAAACGUUUUAAAUGAAUAAUAAUAAGGAACAUCUUUGAAUCAUGUCACGUAGAAGAGUCGAGGUUUGAAGCCAUUAUCUUACAUAUGCUUUUGGGUAUACACCCCAUAGCAUGCACUUGUUAUCAGAUAAGAAAAAACCUUAUAUAAAUUAAUUUGCUUGGCUUAAAGUAACGAACUCACGGGUUUUAGUUUAAAGGGUUUCAAUUCACGGGUACAUCAGCUUUUCAACUCUAAAGGUCUCUAAUUUUGUCGAAUGGUAACCAUCAAUUACCCCUAGGAUAACAUAUGUCGUUUCUGGAAUUUUUGAAAUACCCUUUUUUUCCCUAAGUAAUUUCUAUUUGACAUUUUUCAAUUUUCUUUGUUCUAUGAUAUAAAUUUUGCAAUUUUUUGUACGUGGCUAGGAUUUAUUUGUAUUGGUUUCUCUUUGCGUAGUCCCUUCACGGAAUUUUUCCAGGCCUUCUCGGUCAAUUCACUUCGGUGACGUAUCCGAGGCGAACGGGCACUUGUUCAGUUGGAUCACGUGACCCCAAACGCAUUGGCCGCGCGGAAUAAUAAGGCCAAGGGACCAGGCAAGCUUUCUCUUAUGUUUAGGUCAUACCCAUUCCUGGGAUUAAGUGUUCAUUAGACAAGGGGUUGGGGACUUCAGAAUGUUCUAACUUUGUAAGUAUAAGAAGUCAAAGUUCUCCUAUUAUGAAACUGUGCAAAUUUUUUUGUAGGAGUCUAUCAUCCUCAGGCAACUUCGUCAGCGCGAGCUAUACGUAUUCUGAACUUGAUGGAUGAUAUCACAAGUAAACGUAAGACUAGGUAACUAUGGUUACAGUUUAUUGAGGCCUUUUAUUCGAAGAAAAAUAUGACUGACGAGUCGUUUAUACAAGCAUGUCUUGAAUAAGACGCAAACAGCUCGCAUAUGGCUCGCGUCUUAUUUCGAUCAGGGACCGCCUUUUUCGUGUGAAUUAUGCUAUUAGCAGUGGCAAUCCAAAAUUGCACAUGUUAAAAUAACGCGUGCGCACUAUGCGUUCACGUCUUAAAUAAGACGCGAAGGUAGUCGCGUAUUUGGUAGUCGCGUAUUUGAUGCUAAGAAAUCUUAAUUUCAUUUCAGCCGUGGUUCCUUUGUAGUCAACAAAGAAAAUCUUGCUUAUCUGGCUGGUAAGUUAAGGGAAGAUAUACAUUCCUAUUAUUGGUAAAUAAUUAAAAAUAGGUGAUGGCUUUUCAGCACUUCGCCCACAAUCAAGUACAGACACACACUUAUCCACACUUGACGAAUUUGAUGUUAAUCGUUUUGGCUUUGAUGUGCACGCAAUGGCAUUUGCGUCUUCUUGCAAGUACGCUUGGUCACCAAAACGCGUCUCAUGCCUCAUCAGGGCUUAAGAUAUUUUUUAAUAAGUUGGCCGCAAUUGCUGAUUGGCUGGGAUAAUUCUCCUCAUAUUAUCAGCCAAUCAAAAGCCAAAAAUAAUUAUAAUUGCUCACAUGUGUUUUCCCACGCUUGUUCAUUGGCGGGAAUUGGCACCACUGUGAUUGGUCAAAGUGAUAACUUUGAUUAUAGGAACUUCAGCCAACUGAACUGAACUAUAAUACUCUGUUGUUUCCUCCUCAGCUUUGUUACCUGUCUCAGAGGAAGUCCGUUCCAAUCUCCGCCCAGGAAACCCAAAAGAACCAGACAGCUCCACGCCACCGUACCCAGGCAAAUUAGAGAACAGCAGCAUGGCUGGCAGUGCGACUUCCUUAGACUCCCAAGUGUCUAUUGUCAUCACAACCGCGUCUUCGUCUUCACCGAACGAUGAUCCUAAUGAUCAUCGCUUUGUUUGGCCCACGGAAUGUCAGAACACGCUCUUAAACCCUGGGAUCGUGAACGACACUCAGACCCAGGCCCUUUUGCUAACCACUCUGGUAAUGUGAAAAAGAAAACAUUGUAACGCUUUUAGUGAACUAACGUUUCCGUCUCGAUAACGUAGCAGCUGUAUGUUUUCAAAUAUACAACGACUCGUUCAAUGUUUGUAGAACCAUGAAUCAAAAAAGUCUCGUCAUCCUCUGUGAAGGCAGUGUGCGUUACUUUUGUUUGACUUUCGUUUCCGCUACAACUCAUAAAAGAUGGAAACGGGAGUAACGUAAUAUAUUUUUACUACGAAAGCAGUCACUUUUAACCCAUUGUAUUGUUCCCUUUAUAGACCUAAUUAUUAAUAAGGUAAGUUAUACACUGUUGUGAUUGAAGGUGACAUUAGCGUAUCGAACUUAAAAUGAAUGAAUUAAAAUUUUCCUAACCUUGCAGUUGCGUUGACAAUGAUGCCUUGGUUUAUCGUGUGGUGUGUUUUAGUAAAAUCUUAUCACCAACGGUGUACUCUUUGCAGGCAAUUCUACUGGAACACAUAACAGGUGAUGCUGAAACUCGUUUUUUAUACGAGGUUCUCGCCGAGGCCAGCCUAGUUUUUCCUGGAGUUUUUCCUGUUAUGUGAGUUCCUCUUACUUAACCAGUCACAUUUGUAACAUGUCAAGUAUUCCGCAUUGGAUGGCUGGAAGCACUAGUUUUCGCUUUGAAUUCUGAACGCGUGAUUGAUUUAGUUUCGUUCCACUUUUUUCAGUUAUCUUCGUUUUGCAAUUUUUCACUAAUAACUUAGCAAAUUUACAAAGGCUGUAAAUCUAGUAGAACCUCUUAGAAAUGUGAGAACUUGGAUAUUCCAAUUAUUACAAGGAAGUGUAUGCUUGAACGCAAUCGUUGUCACAUGGCGUUCAUUCCUCGUUGUGUUUUUUACGAAACUUCGCAAAAUUGCUUAAGUCCAUGGUUGAAAGUACCCUGGAUACCAGAGAUGCGCAGUUUUCGGUCUCCAUCAAAUCUUUAUUUUCGCGGCGCUUCGGCCUGCGGCCGACACCGAAGUUUCCCGCCACAGGCGAAUGAUAACAGAACUUUUGGUACCCAGACUAGGUUGUGAAUGGUAAGGUCCAUAGCGCUAUACAGUCAACUCUAUCGUAACGUACACCUCUGUUAAGUCGGAUGUCUAUCCAUAUCCACUGAUAUUUUCAUUCUUUGCCGUCAUUAAAUUUGCUUUGAUGCUUAUUGCCUGUUCCAACAGGAUCCGUGAUAGGGCCUGUUUACAUGGAGGUGAGGGACCCCAGGUAGGUGGGGUAACCCGCCUGUCCAUAUAAUCUGUCAUUCUAAUUUGAUCACGUUUACAUGAUGGGUGGGGUGACCAUAUGAGAGAUUAUAUGGACAGGCAGGUUACCCCACCUAAGUGGGUUACUUCACCUACCUGGGGUCACCACCUCUGUGUUAUCAGCCCGUUAGAGAGAGUUGACUGAAUACGUAACGGUUCCCUCUUCUAUUAAUAUAUAUUUUAAGCCUUUGCUUGUCUUGCUCUACCUUUAGUUAUCCUCUCCUGGACUCGGAUCUUUCCAUUGUUCUUGGCCACUCAGACGAUGUAGCGACAUUAAAGGCGAUACAGACUAUUGUACGUUCUAUGAGUGCUUUGAAACAGGCUGACGACCAAGCCAUUAAACCCAGUUACCUCUCAAGUGAGUGAGUUAGUGUAGUAGAGAGAAUGAAAACCGUUAAAUGUGUCGCUACUGAUAUAGAGAAUAUAUAGCCGGACCUCCCACACAAGACUAGCCGUGCAUAGAGGGGUGAGUGAUGGACUAAUUGGUGAAGCUGUAUUUGACUUAUGUUUUUAAUCUGGUGUCUUCAAACUAAAACUGAAACCAAAGCAGUCAACCUUUACAGUGACAGCAGACUCCAAGCGCGGAAAACGCUAGGAGAAAGUAGCAAUUAUUGUGUUUGAUUUUUACUUCCGUUUUGUGGAGAAAACGAAGCGAAAUAAUAAAAAGCCCAAGCGUCCAUUAGACUUUUGGUAUUUUGUUGGGAGAUUAUGUUUCGCUAUUUUAAUUUACAAGCUGAAUUUGGUGGUAAAUACAUAAAUUCAGUUGUCUUAACUUUGGCUUUAAACCUACAUCGAACCUCUACAACUGCCACCCGUCUACGACAGCCACAUUUUUUCUGUUUUAGCAAACGCAUCGUCUUGUUUUGCCUCCUCUACAACGGUCUUCCCCCUUUUGUCUCCAAGGUAGCUCUUGUGGGGAGGUUUGAAGGUAACAAAAGUGAGACCGCGCAAUGUCAUGUAAUACGCACAGCAUAAUUCAGUUUCCUAAAAUGUUUUUAUAGCUUCCUUGGUGACUCAUCCCUCGAUGGAAAACGAUACAAAUUACACUUAACUUUUUCUUGUUUUGCUUACUUACAAGAAUUCUUUUUCUCGUUUCACAGCUUUCGGAUUUUCAGGAUUCUGUCAUUUUACAAAGUUUAGGGUAAGAGUAGUUCCAUCAAAGGCCCCGUCCACACUUUUCCGUUUUUGUUUGAAAACGGAGGGUUUUUUUCUCCGGUUUGGCCAUUCGGUGAAAACGGUCACCUAAAACGCAUCUUUUCAAAAACGCUCUCCAGAGUGGAGAUUUUUUAAAACGCUGGCUUCUCUUUUAUUUAUGGACGGUCAAAAAGGGAGGUUUUUGAAUACGAUGAUGUCAUAAAUCAUAUGCUGCUAGCAUUACGCAUGCUCUGUGAGGGAUGCUGUCGUAUUUCCAUCGUUUUAGCGUCUUCGUAUGAACGGGCGAAAACUAUUCGAAUACGCUACAUGUGGACGCGUUUUCAAAAAUGUUCGGGUACUUGUGGAUGGGGUCAAACUGAAUAAUCAUGUUGGUAAGUCUUUGAGAAGAGCCAUUAUACAGCGAUUAUUUCCUUUGGCACUGUUGGAUUUUUGAAAUUUGCCUAAAAAGAAUAUGCCCUUUAGCUUCCUCUGUUUCUCGAUUUCUCCAUCGAUUAGUAUAAAUACGUCGCGCAAAACGUAAUUGCUUCAAUUCACUUCCAGUUCUGAACCAUGCAUGGAUGGCGAAUCCGUUUCAGUUAUCUGUAUACAGGACUCGUACCUGGUCAAUAUUAAUUGUUUUUCGUUAAGGGGAGACUGAUUACGGGUGAAGCCAGUCUUGGCGUUAAAGGAAUGGAUGCGGCAAAAAUAUAAAUAACGACUCGGUGCCUUUUUUUGGAUAUUAUGAUAGCUGACUUCCUUGGGCGCCAACAUUGUGGUAUACCAACCUCCCUUAAUUUGAAAAUACACAAUAGCCACUUGGUACUAGUCUCCUGUCACUAUUGUUCAUUUUCAGGAACAUAGCGGCCAAGCAAAUCGCGCUCAGCUUUUCAUGAAGUUCUUGGAAGCCGUCUUGGAAGUUUAUGGCGCAUCAUUUGACGAAAAAACUCAACGUUCAUGUUCUGUGGCGUCUAUUAAGCCAAUAAAUCUGAGUUCCAGCACCGAAGAUGUAAGGAAAGCACAUUCGUCGUCUCUCUCGUCUUCUAUGAGUUCUUUGUCUGGUGGUGCGACGGGUGGAAAAAACAUUUUCAUUCCAAUUCCGUUUAAGCGAGCGGGAUCCUCUUACAGACAAAAGAAGGAAUCUCCCAAGUUUCGGAGAAACUGGUCUGCUAGAGCACAACGGAGCACCUCUGCUGGAAAAAGUGUUAAAUGGUAGCAGGAAAGCGAGGAUGAGGGGCUGACAUCUUUAUCAGUGAAGAAUGUGGUCCGAUGUUUUAAGUGAUCCAAGUGGUAAAAACUAAGAAUAGCACCAAGUGAUUAUGGUAUCCUUGGUAACUAAAAAUGGAGCCAUUUCAGCACUGAAUCAAUGUUUGAUUUAACUGAGACGGUGCUAAACGUUUCUAUUGAGAAGCAGGGAUAACGCCAUUAUUUUUAUUUCUGCUCAGAGUCUUGACACAAGUUAGUCAUGCUGGUCAUGAAUAUAAACCAUUUUAUCACCAAAGCGAUCUCAGCCAUCAACUUUCCAGCAUUGUGUGAAGUUGAUGUCCAAUAAUAUAAGUUGCAUUUUGGGGUUUGAGCGACUUGAAAUGUUGGUGGAUCAAAUCAUAAGUCACAGGUGUAUGUGGUCUGAUGCCACGGAACGUUGCUCAAGGAUGACGCUUGUCUUGCGAAAGCAGAACUGUCAAUGGUGGGCAUCUAUCAGGUGGACCAAACUACGAGGUGGACACCAAAAGUAACCAUCUUUUGAGUGGAGUUCCCCUCCAAAGAGACAGCCUGAAAAACGGAUGCAUCUAACGGUUGUGUAUGGGCGACACUUUCCAAGACAACCAACCGUGCCAGAUGAAUAGAACAGUCGGAGUGAUCCAUAACAUGUUCGUCAUCGUUUUUCGUUCACUGUACACAACAGACGCUCACCAAUGAAAUCAUCAUUCCGACGUAGCACAGGGUACACGGGCGGCGAGUAUAAAAUGGAAUUCUAAUAAUAGUUUUCAAAUUUACCACUUAAAACAAGAAAAUUUACAGGACACGGUAUCACCUCAAAUUUGGGAUAGUCUCGAAAACCUGCAUAAUUCUUCCCUUUUUACGCGUUUAACAAAGUAUUUAAUUCAAUUUGCAGGUAUCACUGACACUAAAGCCUGCUUGAUGACUAUUUUUCAGUUCUAAAUUGUGGCAUUAGUUAGAUGAUUGCAUGCGUUAGUCGGCAUGUCAUGCAUCCCUAGAGACUGUUGUAUGACAGCUAUAGUGGCGCCUGUGAUAGACUCAUAACCCUGUUUUCGUUUAAGGAAAUUCCGCUUGCGUGACUGGCCAAACUUAACGAGAGGUACAGCGUGACGUCAUUCAUUCAUUGUUCUUGGAGUACCAUGCUAUGAUGUAUUUCUCAAGUAAACACAGGUUAAAUUUUUUGAACUGAAAAUCGCUAUACAGUUGUUAGGGAAUGGGAAUACAGAAAAUGCGACUGUAUUAUUGACUGAGUAGUGAAUUCAAUAGAUAUUUCCAUUUGGUCGUGAAAAUGAGCAUUGUAAAUAGUGAAAGCGGAUUUUUAUAAAUUAUAUUGUACUUUUAACUUACCGAUUGGUGCUUUAAGUGAAUGAGACGUACCGGGGGUGGUAGAAAAGGGGCUGUUCGGGGCCCUGUUUUGAAAAUUGGUCCCUUGCGUUAACUU